UGAUGGUGAGUCCAACUUCAGAGCAGUAUGACAGUUUGCUCCGGCAGAUGUCAGAGAGAAUUGAUGAGGGAUGUGGUGAGACCAUCUAUGUCAUUGGUCAAGGAUCAGAUGGGACUGAAUACGGUCUGAGCGAGGCAGACAUGGAAGCAUCCUAUGCCACAUUGAAGAGCAUGGCAGAGCAGAUCGAGGCAGACGUGAUCCUCCUGCGGGAGCACCAGGAGGCAGGGGGCAAGGUGCGCGACUACCUCGUUCGGAAACGUGUGGGUGACAACGACUUCCUGGAGGUCAGGGUAGCAGUGGUUGGCAAUGUGGAUGCAGGAAAGAGCACGUUGCUAGGUGUCUUGACACAUGGCGAGCUAGACAAUGGCCGAGGCUUUGCUCGGCAAAAGCUCUUCCGCCACAAGCAUGAGAUUGAGUCAGGCCGCACCAGCAGUGUGGGCAAUGACAUUCUGGGCUUCGACAGUGAGGGCAACGUGGUGAACAAGCCGGACAGCCACGGUGGCAGCUUGGAAUGGACAAAGAUCUGUGAGAAAUCCACCAAGGUCAUUACUUUCAUUGACCUGGCUGGUCACGAAAAGUACCUGAAAACCACCGUCUUUGGCAUGACCGGCCAUUUACCUGACUUCUGCAUGCUUAUGGUUGGCAGUAACGCUGGGAUUGUUGGAAUGACAAAGGAGCACUUGGGCCUGGCGCUUGCACUUAACGUUCCUGUCUUUGUUGUGGUGACCAAGAUCGACAUGUGCCCUGCCAACAUCCUUCAAGAAACCCUGAAGCUGUUACAGCGACUGCUGAAGUCCCCAGGGUGCAGGAAGAUUCCCGUGCUGGUUCAGAGCAAGGAUGAUGUCAUUGUAACAGCCUCCAACUUCAGCUCAGAGAGGAUGUGCCCGAUUUUCCAGAUUUCAAAUGUCACCGGGGAGAACCUAGAUUUGCUGAAGAUGUUUCUUAAUCUCUUGUCUCCACGGACCAGUUACAGGGAAGAAGAGCCAGCAGAAUUCCAGAUAGAUGAUACUUACUCUGUCCCGGGCGUAGGAACAGUUGUGUCUGGGACGACACUGAGAGGCCUAAUCAAGCUAAAUGACACCCUGCUGCUGGGGCCAGAUCCCCUUGGCAACUUCCUACCUAUUGCUGUCAAGUCCAUCCACCGCAAGAGAAUGCCCGUCAAAGAAGUGCGGGGAGGCCAGACUGCCUCCUUUGCUUUGAAAAAGAUCAAGCGUUCUUCCAUCCGGAAAGGCAUGGUAAUGGUGUCACCCCGCCUGAAUCCACAAGCAUCGUGGGAGUUUGAGGCAGAGAUUCUGGUGCUCCAUCACCCCACCACCAUCAGCCCACGAUACCAGGCCAUGGUGCAUUGUGGCAGCAUCCGUCAGACGGCCACGAUUCUCAGCAUGGACAAGGACUGCCUGCGGACAGGGGACAAAGCCACAGUGCACUUUCGCUUCAUCAAAACCCCAGAAUAUUUGCAUAUAGACCAGCGUCUGGUCUUCCGUGAAGGCCGCACCAAAGCUGUGGGUACCAUCACUAAGUUACUCCAGACCACCAAUAACUCACCAAUGAACUCCAAACCACAGCAGAUCAAGAUGCAGUCAACCAAGAAGGGAGCCGUUACGAAACGAGAGGAUGGUGUUCCCCCAGCUGGGACAGCAGCUGGAGGCGCACCAGCUGGGGAUGAGACCCCCUCAACAGCCGCAGCGCCACUUACACCUACUGCCCUGCAACCAUUGUCAAAAGUCGGAGGAGGAGGCCGGCGACGUGGAGGUCAGCGCCAUAAAGUGAAGUCUCAGGGAGCCUGUGUGACUCCUGCCAGUGGCUGCUGAAUGUCUUACUCCUCCUCCCUCUGAGGAAUUCCUCCCCUUCCCUUCAUUUCUUAUCCAAAAGAUCCAGAGCAGCUUAAACCAAAACCCAUACCAGCUGAUUGGCUGCAGAAAAAUCGUCCCUCCUCCCUGAAGGAAGCGAUGGAGAGGAGCAUAAUUUAUAAGCUAAUGAAGGUGGUAAGACACACAGAACUGAGUAACUGACACCUUCCUCCUCCCCUUAUCGACACAUUUUUGUACAUCAUGGGCUUAGUUUUUAUUCUUAUUAGUUUUUAUUAUAUUUUGUGUGCAUGAAGAUGAGAGGAGAGUCUGGAUAGAACUGCGAAGAGCCAGUUAGCUGCCUCCCUCCUCCCUCACCCAAUUCUGUCCACAGGACUUGCUGCUCUCCUCCUAUUUGCUGUCUCAGAUCCAGGGGUUAUCAAACGCCUGAAAUUUCAGACUUGCAAAGGUUAAAACACAUUGCUUAGGAUGGCUCCAUAGGGCAUUGUUUCCUCACCACUGUGGCCCCGUGCCAAAUAUGUUUCUGGAUUCCCUCCAUCUUAAACUAUUUCUGAGUGGGUUUAAUUUAAUGUUGUAGUGACUGAAGUUUGAAGGAGAUGGUAAGAAAGUUCAUUAGUUGGAGAUCUAAGAGGGAAACAAAUUGGAAAGCAGUUCUUGAUGUUAAGUUGAGGAAUCCUAUACUAAAUAUCCUUGUCAAAUAUGUUGAUAGCACUUAAGAUUUUAAUUAGAGACAGAAUUAAAUGGGCAGUCAUUUGCCCAUCCUGUUCCCCUUCCCAUCAUGCUGCUUUUCCUAUUGUUUGUUCAGUGCACAUUGGAGCAAAUCUAGCCUGCCUCUCAAGGCUGCGGCAGCUCAACUGACAGUAUUAAGAAUAUAGUGCAGGAACACUCAGUCCGUCCUUGAGCCAGAGAAUGCCUUCUCACCUCGACGGACAGAGGUCACAGGUGGUAAUACACCUUUGGAACAGAGACACCAGGCAAACAUGACCCCCCCCUUGAUUUUGUUUACUCCAAGAUUUCCCAAAUCUUUUCUGGAGCUCACUGGCCAAACUUUGCCAUGGCAGAGGUAGGAUUUGUCUUCUCACCUCUUGGCCAAAGAGGGCAAUGAUGAAUUGGUACCAAACUUAUAGAAGUGCUUUCAGGUUUGGAAGUACGUGGUAAUUUUUCUGACUUUCAUUUAUUUUUUCUUAAGAUUGUAUUUUUUUUAAUGACACAUUCUGGCUUCUCCAGGAAGGCCCUGCAAGGACGGUCUAUGAAUUAACUUUAUUGUUAUCAUGUUUUUUAACCCUGGGUUGUGCAAGUGAUCAAUUCCCUGCUUAUUCUGAUCUCUCUUCUUCUAACCCUGCCUCGCCUCUUGGCUCCCGUGAGGCCAGGAGUUAUCCUCUGCCGACUUCUGGUGAGCUGUGGGAGCAUGGUAGCAUUUUGAGGGAGGAGGUGGCAUCCUCAUCAAAUCAUUGCUCUCCCCAGCAGGUGCGGUCAGCCUCUGUUUCUUUGAGGGCUUCCUCCUCCAAUGAAGGACUUUUAUUUUAAUUAGAGGGAGACUGAAAAGUUUCUGUCCCUCCUUAGUGGGUUGUUCCUGGUUCUCACUAUGUGGCACCUGUGUGGAGUUUAUUCCAGUUCACCUUGUGAUUCGAGGUAGGCUUUCAAGCCGACUGAGGACAGCAGGCUCGGG